GAAAAAAGGAAAUUAUUGGAAUGGCUCUCGCCAGUUGACUAUGCUUCAAAGCAAUCUGAAAUCUUCAAACGAAACCAAGCAGGAACUGGAAAGUGGUUUCUAGAAUCGCCCCAGUUUCAGGAUUUCCUUAAUGGAAGCACAUCUACACUCUUUUGCCCUGGAAUCCCUGGAGCUGGAAAAACCAUCAUGUCAUCUUUGGUAAUCAACGAACUAUGGAAGCGUUUUCCAGCCGGAGAUCGAGGAAUUGCCGCUAUUUAUUUUGAUUACAAGAAACCAGGAGAGCAGACACUAGAGAGCGUGUUUGCUGGCAUUCUCAAGCAAUUGGUUCAGGCACAACCUGUAAUCCAUGGGUCUGUUGACAAACUGUACGAGGCACACCACCGGUCCGGUUCAAAACCGACAGUUGAGGAGCUUACAAGCUGCCUUUCAUCUAUGUCAAGAAACUACCAGCGUGUGUAUCUAGUACUUGAUGCACUGGACGAGAGUGAUACUGUCACGCGGAGAAAGUUACUUGCAGAGAUUGUAAAACUACAAGCUCAGGGAUUUAUACAACUGAUGGCAACCUCACGACCCCUCCAAGACAUCGUGGAGAUGUUCAAGGGUGCUAAUAUUUUGGAGGUCAGAGCUUCCAAAGAUGACGUUCGGUUAUACGUUGAGAAAAACUUGGACUUCCUUGCCGAUUGGGAGGAUGCAGAGCUGGAAAAAAGGGUAGUUGAGGGGAUCGUUGAAGCCGCCGAUGGAAUAUUCCUUCUAACUCGACUCCAUCUUGAUUCUUUGGAAGACAAAGUGACAUUGCGCGACCUCGAAGAAGCUCUAACGCGUCUUCCAAAGGGCUCUGAGGCUGUCUCCAAAGCAUACGACAGCGCAAUUGAGCGAAUCGAGUUUCAAAAACCACGCAUCCGGGGCCUUGCCCGACAACUCAUAUCCUGGGUCACACUUGCCAAAGAGCCACUUUCCUCCCGAGCACUAGAGCAUGCACUAGCCAUCGAACCUGGGGUCUUCAGUCUGGAUCAAAAGCGGACACCAAAAAUGAAGCUCGUUAUAUCUGCCUGUGCAGGUUUGGUUACAGUGGAGUCAGAACGCAACAUUGUCAGGUUAAUUCACUACACCGCACAAGAAUAUUUCGAAGCGAAGAUACUGCAAUGGAUGCCGAAGGCGCUUGAAGACAUUACUAACAGAUGUCUCACUUAUUUGAUGCUUCCGGAAUUUUCGAGGCCUGCACCAGCUUCCCUUUACAAUGUUGCUUUCAAGCUUGAAUCUGAGCUGAUUUCCCCACUCGCACAUUAUGCGGCUCAAUACUGGGGCAAGCAUGCCCAAGGGAUACAAAGCCAGGUCAGAGACUUGGCUCUGAAAUUUCUGACAAGCAAGUAUAUUGAAAACUUGUCGCGAUUCUUUCCGGUAUUCGGAAUCGGCAACAAAACGUUGACGGGGCUUCACCUGGCAACAUUUUUUGGUUUAUCAGAGCUAGCAGUUAUACUGCUACAAAAUGGUCACGCCCCGAACCCGAAGACCGAUGAUGGGAUAACUCCCCUCACCAUUGCAGUAAAAACUCGUCAAGAACGAAUGAUUGAGUUAUUAUUGACUUGGCCCACGGUUGACGUAAACAUAAGAAGCGGUUUACAACAAACACCACUGCAGUGGGCAUUAACACAUCGAGACUCAGAAAAGAUAGUCAAGCUCUUGUUGGAAAGAGCUGAUAUUGAUCCUAAUGCGAGAUAUAUAAACAAGAAUACGCCACUC